AUGACAGAAAAUUCAAAAACGCUCUUGGAUAUUUACCACCAAGAUCAAGUGGAAUUUGACGUUGAAAAUAGCGGAGCAAAAGAAAAACGCACUGUCAUCUGGGCGAAUGCUGAGGAGUUGAUUGAGUCUGUUAUUGAGAAGCGCAAGCUAGAAGGAUUUUAUUUAAUAAAGAUUAUGGCUGAUGGGGGACAGGGGUUUUUCAAGGUUUCCAUGACAAUUUUGCCAGCAAACGACGAUCCAGCGUACGACAGUAAUCUUGCAGAUCACAUACCAGGAAAACGAUCAAGGUAUGCUGAAGGCGGAAUGGUCGGUAAAAGAGCGAAUUGGACCAGCGUCAAAAAACUUAUUAUGUUAGCCAUAGUUCCCAAAAUCAAAGAAACGUACGAAAACCUGAAGGUGUUAUUUGAUUUAACUCAGCUGAAUAAUGUUCCAUUCAAAUUCGUAGCAUACUUUAAGUUGCUUUUGAUUGUCAAUGGACAGCAAACGGCCACCUCUACGUACCCUUGUCCGUACUGUUUUGUGACUUUGGAUGAAUUGAGAUAUCGCGAUCUCGAAGAGAGGAAUGUUAUGCCUUCUGCUGAUAUUUUGAAAACAUAUGGACAUCUGAAAGACGACCAUAGUCGAUUUUGUGCUGACGGAAAAAAUAAAAAACUUGCAAGAUAUUCCAACAGUACAGUGAAUCCUCCUUUGUUCAGAGAAAAAGACGACUUUACUAUGUUGGAAAAAUGCCCACCUCCCGAGCUACACCUCCUACAAGGGUUUGUAAACCAUUUGUUUUGGUCUGGUUUGGUACCAAUUUUAGGCAAAGAAAGGGCCCUUCUUUGGCCAAAAAAAUUGAACAUCAUUCACAAAGGCUACCAUGGGGAGGUUUUCGAAGGAAAUGCUUGUAGGAUCUUGCUGAAAGAGGCAGAAAGGUUGAACGAUACCGAAAUAUGUCAGGAAUGUGGUUACUUCCGGAUUUUCCCCUUCAUUGCCGCUUUCAAAAUAAUGGAUCAGUUGGUUGAAAACUGUUUCCGCGUGGAAAGACGACCUUGUAAUGUUGAGAAAUUAGUUGGAGACUUCCACAAAGUAGUGGAAAGUACAGGGGUUACCAUCACCCUGAAACUUCACGUCAUCUUAACUCAUCUGAAAGGGUCACUAGAGUUUCUGAACGCCAACACUGGUUUGGGCCUCUGGUCAGAACAAGCUGGUGAAAGUGUUCACCAUGAAUUUUUAAAAUACUGGGACAGAUACAAGAUCAAUGCGAUUGAUGCUCCAUCUUACGGUGAGAAAUUGAGAAGAGCAGUUGCAGAAUUUUCGUCCUUGCACAUUUAA